CCGGCCCCGCCCGGCGGUUAGGCGCCGGUGCCCACGUGCCGCAGCUCCCGCCCCGCGUUCCCGGGGUUCGCCGUACCGGGUGGGGGAGCCACAACCCACCCGCCUCCCGGCCGGGGGCAGCGAGCUCGGUGCCGGCAGGUGCGGCGGUCUGGUGGGGCCCCGCCGCCCGGGCUCCGCGGGGCCGGGCCUGCGGCGGGAGGCGAGGCAGCGCCCCUCCUUACAGCCCAGACUUUGUCCCCUCGUCACUCUGCAGGCUCCCGCCGCCGGAGGUGUCUCCCCGCUGACGGUCCGGCCCUUCCAGCAGCCCCGCGUCCAGCCCUGCUCCGCAAGUGUAACCUCCAAAAGAGCCUUCACUUCAGGCUAUGAUGGGAUUGUUUUGGUUGUUGCUGCUUUCCAUCCAUGUGCUGUCACCCACGUUUGCUGGAGGUGUCACCCGCGUCUAUUACCUGGGGAUCCGCGAGGUGAACUGGAACUACGCUCCAACAGGGAAGAACGUCCUCGCUAACCAAAGCAUUGCACAUAACCCCAAGGCCUCAGCAUUUCUCCAGCCCGGCAAAGACAGGGUGGGAAGCGUGUACAAGAAAUCUGUCUAUAAGCAAUACACGGACUCCACGUACACCACUGAGGUUCCCAAACCUGGCUGGCUGGGGUUCCUUGGGCCCAUCAUCCGAGCAGAAGUGGGGGAUACCAUUAAAGUACACCUAAAAAACUUUGCUAGUCGGCCGUAUACAAUCCACCCUCAUGGAGUUUUCUACGAAAAGGACUCUGAAGGAUCCCUGUAUCCCGAUAUGUCCCCCCAGGAUCAGAAGAAGGAUGAUGCUGUUUCCCCAGGAGGGAAUUACACCUAUACUUGGACUGUCCCUGAAGAUCACAGCCCAACGGCUGAUGACCCAAACUGCUUGACCUGGAUCUACCACUCUCAUAUCGAUGCACCGAAGGAUAUUGCAUCUGGAUUAAUUGGGCCAUUACUUACAUGCAAAAAAGGAAUACUGACUGGCAAUUCUCAGAGACGCCAGGAUGUGGACAUUGAUUUCUUUCUGAUGUUCAGUGUGGUGGAUGAGAACCUAAGCUGGUACCUGGAUGAGAACAUAGCAUCGUUCUGCACAGAUCCAGGCUCCGUAGACAAAGAAGAUGAGGAAUUUCAGGAGAGCAACAAAAUGCACGCUAUUAAUGGUUAUGUGUUUGGGAACCUCCCUGAGAUGACGAUGUGUGCUGGGGAUUACGUUUCAUGGCACCUCUUUGGGAUGGGCAAUGAAAUUGAUGUUCAUACAGCCUACUUCCACGGAGAAACGCUCAAUAUUCGAGGCCAUAGGACAGACGUGGCCAGCCUCUUCCCAGCCACUUUUGUUACAGCAGACAUGAUCCCCAGUAACCCUGGGAGAUGGCUACUGAGCUGUCAGAUCAAUGAUCACAUACAAGCUGGGAUGGGGGCGCUCUACGAAGUCCGGCACUGUUCUCGGCAAGCUCCGGCACCCACCCUGGAAGGGAGAGUUCGGAAAUACUACAUAGCUGCAAAGGAAGUGCAGUGGGACUACGGACCUUCAGGGCUUGACCAAAGCAGUGGGAGACAGCUGACUGAGGCAGGCAGCCCUGCUGAGCAGUUUUUCAAGCGUAGCCCCUACCGAAUUGGGGGAGUCUAUUGGAAGGCAAAGUACGUGGAAUAUACUGAUGAGAGCUUCCGUGAGGAAAAGCCACGAUCAGAAGAAGAGAAACACCUUGGGAUACUCGGUCCAGUGAUCAAAGCUGAAGUUGGAGACACCAUCCUGGUGACGUUCAUUAACAAAGCCUCCUGGCCUUUCAGCAUCCAGCCUCACGGAGUGUCCUAUGGGAAGGAGUGGGAAGGGAUGCAGUACCAUGAUGGUCUGUUCCAGAACGGGGUUUCUGUUGCGCCACUGCACAACUUUACGUACCGCUGGACCGUGCCGAAGCACGUCGGGCCCACGUCCAGCGACCCUCCCUGCCUGACCUGGAUGUACAGCUCGGCUGCGAAUCCCGUCAAAGACCCUAGUUCGGGAUUAGUUGGACCUCUGGUCAUCUGCAAGCCAGGCACUUUGGAUGACAACAACAAACAGAAAGGGAUCGACAAAGAGUUUUACCUUCUCUUCAGCGUGUUUGAUGAGAACCUCAGCUGGUAUUUAAAUGCAAACAUAAAGUACUACUUGAGAACGGAAGAGACUUCUGUGAAUAAGGAUGAAGGCUUCGAGGAAUCCAACAGGAUGCAUGCCAUCAAUGGACUUAUGUUUGGUAACUUGCCUGGGCUGAAUGUGUGUGAAGGAGACAAUGUGUCCUGGCACCUUCUGGGCUUGGGCAGUGAAGCAGAUGUGCAUGGAGCUGUGUUUCAAGGCAACACCGUGCAGAUAAACGGGAUGCGGAGAGAUUCAGCCAAUCUGUUCCCCCACACAUUUGCUACUGCUUUCAUGCAACCCGAUAACGAGGGGAUUUUUGAGAUAUACUGCCAGACGAGCAAUCAUUACCAGGCUGGGAUGAGGGAACACUACUCCGUUUCCAAGUGCGGAGGAAAAAGGGAUCCUGCUCCUGCCGCGCAGUACAAAGGGGUGCGGACAUACUACAUCGUGGCAGAGGAGGUGGUGUGGGACUACGCGCCUGACCGGAGCUGGGAGAGGGAACGGCACAGCCAUUCUGCAGAGAGCUACGCCGAUGUAUUUUUGAGCAACGAGAAUGGACUGCUCGGUUCCAGGUACAAGAAAGCUGUUUAUAGGGAGUACACCGAUGGGACUUUCCAGACCCCCAAGGCCAGGAUAAAUGGUGAUGAACACCUAGGGAUAUUAGGUCCUUUUCUGUGGGCGGAAGUGGGAGAUAUUCUCAACAUCGUGUUUAAGAACAACGCCACACGACCCUACUCCGUUCAUGCACACGGGGUGCUGGAAAGGAAGACAGGGCAGCCGCAAGUAGCAAACCCUGGUGACAUUGUGACAUACCAGUGGGAAGUUCCUGAGAGAUCUGGUCCAGGGCCAAAUGAUUCAGCCUGUGUUCCUUGGAUCUACUACUCCAUGGUGGACCCAGUAAAGGAUGUGUACAGUGGGCUGAUCGGACCCCUGAAGAUCUGCCGGAGAGGGGCCCUGCAGCCUGAUGGGACCAGGAAGGAUGUGAAAAGGGAGUUUGCUCUGCUGUUCCUGGUUUUUGAUGAAAAUCAGUCCUGGUACUUGAAGGAGAAUGUGGAACGUUACAGUAAGGGAAAUCCCAAGGAGAUGAACCUGCUGGAUGCCAAAUUUUUGGAAAGCAACAAAAUGCAUGCCAUCAAUGGGAGGCUCUAUGCGAACUUGCCUGGGCUGACCAUGUUCCAGGGUGAGUGGGUGAACUGGUACCUGCUGGGAAUGGGUCAGGAGAUUGAUGUCCACACGGUCCAUUUUCAUGCUGAGACCUUCAUAUAUAAGAAUGGCAAAAGCUACAGAGCAGAUGUUGUGGAUCUGUUCCCUGGGACUUUUGAAAUGGUGGAGAUGUUGGUUGGGAACCCUGGGACGUGGCUGCUUCACUGUCACGUGUCUGAUCAUAUUCAUGCUGGUAUGGAGAUACUCUUCACAGUCUUGCCCAGACCAGAGCCAGCGCUUCAAGUCGUAAACUACAGUACAGAGUUGUCACCUGAGGAUAAGGACGAGUCCGAGAGGAUCAGGCUUUUUGGAGCUAAGUUGGCUCAAGGGCAGGUAGAAGCCACACUCAUCGGUCUAGCCGUUGCAGGGAUGAUAUUAUUCCUGGUCGUCAUCUUCCUUCUGGGAGUGGUCAUCUAUCUUGAGAGACAAAAGAGGUUAAGACGCAAUCGGAGGUCCAUCCUGGAUGACGGAUUCAAACUCAUGUCUAAGAAGAAUUCGGGAUUAUAAAAGCCAUGUACAAACUUCAGGCUGUGUGCUUGGAGCAGAGGCAGGAUUGUUGUCCACAGCAGAGAUUUUGGGCCAUCAUUUCAAUUGUUCACUGUACUUCUAGGUGAAAAGUAGGAACCCUGACCUCUUCGUAUAUCCUCCUCAGCACUCUGUAAAGAAAAAGUCCAUCCAGGAGAGAUCAAAGGAUCCUUUGAACUGACUGAAGACAAUUAACAAGAGCAAAAGGUCCUUCUGAAAUACUCCUCUUCCCCAAGACAGAGAGGAGACACUUCCCAUAUUUUCUUCUCUCCAGAACAACUCCACUUGGUCUUUCUCAGCAGACUAGCUUAGGCCAGAUUCCAGUCAUGCUCCGUUGCCAGAGCUGAGUUGGGCAUUGUCUCCCGAGAAACUGUGAGCCUUUAAACUAAUUAAUCUGAAGGGGGGAGAUGAUCUUUUCAUUUUUGUGAAUCAAGUAAGAAUACAGAAGAGAAAAUGUUAAUUUAGGUUUGGAUUGCUGGGGUUUUUGAUGAGUAAUUGGACAGAUGCAAAUUCAGGGCAGUACAUGUCACAGCGUUCGAGAGAGCUCCACAAGGAGCAUGACCGGAGCUGUGCCUCACCAUCUGCCUUGCUGUGACACGUCCUUCUGCUCCCGGCACCCCAGGCAACGUGCAUCCUGUGUCUUGUGCUGGGAGAAGAAGCUUUCCCAAGUGCUGCCGAGCAUCCUGGAGACUUCCCAGUUCUCCGUGUCUGUGCGUGGGAAGGGCUGUCCCUCAGCCCCUCUGCAGCUCCUUGGGCAACAGGGUCCAGGAUGCCGUGAUGUUCUGUGGUGUGGUUUGCUCUCUCUUUCUUUCAAAUACAUUUUAAUGAAGUUAUCUCCAGAGCUGAGCUGUUGCCGUGUUACUGCUGGGAGCCAAGCCAAACCCUCAGUCCCCUGUGAGCUCCUUGGGACAGAAAAAGUCAGGGAGCGUUUCCCCCAUCGUGGUGCAGCGGCAGUUUUGUCCAGGCAAAUGUGGCAUCAGUGAAGAAGGAGAAAGCUGAAGUGCCGGUGGAAUUUAGCAGCGUGGAGAAAACGAGCCGCAGUGUUGAGGAAGUGUGGCCAGAGAUAAGGGAAUGCUUGCUGUAACGAGGGCUUGCGCUAAGGGGACCCUUGCCUUCUAGACAGCACAGAAUCACAGACGUUAGAGGUGGAAAGGCCUGGCCUGAUACAUAAAUGCUCCUGGAGCGUUGCUGUCUACUGAACCCUCUGUGCCUAAUGACAGUGUCCAUGGGGAGAGGCGCUGGGUGCUGGGGGGAGCCUGCGUGGCGCCAGGAGGGGAUGGGGACACGGUGUCUCCUCUCUGGCCCUGGCUGCGCCUUUGCACUGGGGUCGGACACCUCCUGGUGCCUGCUUUCUCACUACAGCUGCCUGCCAGGAGCCAGACUGUGGGGGUGGGUGGUGUAGCCCGUGACUAACCCCAGAGCUUGGUAGCCCACCUGGCAGGCUGUGGCAGCCAUCCUCCAGCGGCAGCCGUGCCCACACACAUCACGGUCACGUCGCCCUGCGUGUCAAGUACCAAGCGGUUCCCUAUAAAAUAUCUAUCUUCCUGGCUCACCCACAGAAACCCGGUUACCUAAAUGGAUGCAGGUUAGUGCUUACAUAUUUCUGUCCCUGGUUUGAAAUUGGAAAGGGCAUAAAAGAAAUCCUUUCUGGGUGGCUUUCAGAGGCAAUUAAAGCAGAGCCAGCUAAAUGGCUGUAAUGACAAGGGACUGCUGUAGGCUAUUUAGGUAUAACAGCACCAUUUUAUUGAGAACAAUAGUUAUAACAUACUUAAUCAUGCUCAAUUCAUAUUGGGUCCCUGCAUAUUUCCAGCUGCCCUUUCCUUUGGCAAUGGGGACAAUGCUCAUUAAUUUCCUUUCAUUACACUUCAUUAAGCCUGGUGAGGAGCUGGAGGGCUGUUGAAUGCUCUGAACGUGGGUAUUUUUUGCUGGUUGGCAACCCCGGUUCAGCUGCUGUUGCAAACCAGAGGUUUACAAGACCACCAGUUCUGGAUGAAUUUUUAGAAGCUAUGUCAUCAGAAGUAAGAACCAAGCAGGAAACCUUAAUUAUUCCCCCGCCUUGGCUUAUGGAAAAAGUAGAUCAAAAAAUGUUCUCAGCCCACACUGAGACAAAGGAGUUCUUGAAAUGUAUUUACUGUAUUUGAGAAAGCAGAAAGGGAAGUCUCCCUUUCUUCAGUUCUUCAGCCGGUAGCCAGGGCACUGAGCUGGACGACAGCGGACUUGGGUUUCAGCGCUGGCUCCGAAGCAGAGCAGCACAGGGACUGGAGCUGGGUCUCCAGAUUUGCACGCAUUCCUUACACAGCAGGCUGCCGAAAUGCCUCCAACUUCAUGUUUUUUGGGCCAAGUGGAGCAUCAGCGGCAGAGGUGUCUUUUCCAGCGUUGGUAGUUAGGAUGCUCUUGAGCCCACGCUUCAGAGGCCUCAGCGGAGGGGCUGUUUUGGAGAGGGCUGUGUCCUCUGAUAAGCAAUUCCACCCCAGACCGAGAAAACUCAAGGGAAAGCUUUGGACAAAACAGAUCGCUUUGUUAAAACUUUCUGUUGCAACAAGCUGUGAGGAGGAACGGUUUAUCAGCAGCUUCAGAACUGCCGCUAAUCAGAAGUUGGCUCUCCCAGUCGGUGGGCUGGGGAGGAGGAGGAGGAGGAGAGAUGUUUCACAGUUCUGGUGUUGCUGAGCUGGAGCCGGUGAACAACUGUGUGUUUGCUCUGGCAGCAAGCCUUCUGUCUGAGCAGCCUACAGCAUCUUGUUUGUGCUUAUCCCUGAUGUGAUUUUUGGCUACUGAGGAGUCGCCUUCUCCAGAAGACAGCAAGGGGGGCAGGAUCAGGGCCUCGCUGCUGCUGCUCCACAGGGAGACACUGGGAUGGCAACAGGUCCAUGCUGAGCUGAGGCAGUAGAUGAAGCGAGUGCUCCUGCUGCUUUUCUGCCGGUGCAAAAUAAACCAGCUCAAGGUAAAACCCUCUUCUGUAGUGGUUCCAGAUAAAUAGUUCACAAUAACACACACUGAAAAGGAUUAGAAGUGCUCACGUGAUUCAUUAGCGUGACUCAGCUCACGGGGACAGAAGGGUGGAAAUACAUGUAUACAUGCUUUUAGAUAAGUAAAUACUGCAUUUAAAAAUAUGCUAUAUUUUAAAUCCUUAAAAAAAAAAAGCCAAACCAACCAACAACAACAAAAGGACCAACCACAAAAAUACCCCACCCCACUUCAAUUCAUGCUGCUAGUAAGAGUCCAGAACAGGUUUAUCUUCAUGGAAGAACUAGUCUCUCAGGUUUUUAUAUGGGAUAAACAUAAGAAGCAGCUAAUAUUUCCUAUUGUAUUCACUUCAGGUAGUGGGUUUUUUUUGUCUGCAGUUCUAAUAUUACCCUUCCUGGGCCCCAACUAGAUGUGAUAGAACUUUUCAGAAGUUUUACCUAGAUGAUCACUCACCUGUUUAAAGUUACCCACGCUCUUCCAGGCUGUCUUAGGGGGCUGCAAAGCUGAGUUACUCGUUUACGUGGCAGCAGCUGGAUGUUUGCAGCAGGGCUGAGAUGAAAAUUCCUUUGUUAGUGCUGUCACCUUGCUCAGUAACGGGCACGACCACCACUUACAUCACUUUAGCAGGUAGGCAUUGUGUCCUUACUCCGUGUCAGUGCCAGGCCGGUGAUAAGCUGGCAUUCCUUUAUACUCCCACGCGUUCUAUGGAUCUGAGAGAUGCGCGAGUCAAAAGCAGGGUGCCUUUUGGAUGUGCAUAUAAAAUGCUGUCUUGAGGUGUGUUUUGUUUUUUUUUUUUUUUUCCCCCUCCCCCUCAAACCCCAAAAGUUAAUCUCAAAUUAACGUGAAGCACGCCAUAAAAAAGACUAACACUGCGAAUUGUCAGCAAAAGGAUUUGAAUGUCUUUCAGGUAUAAUGUAGUCUUUGGUUCUGAAUUAAACGUGUGGCUUAACGUGCAAGCUUGCUUUGUAAUAUAUAAUCACCAUGUGGGCUGUUUACAGUGGUUAUAAUUUUGUUGGCACAGCAAAUUACAGGAGUGAUUGUAAGUCUGGAGCUAUGUGCCGAUAUACUGCCUGGGGAAAGGAAUUCAAGCACGAUGGCUGCCAAAAUAAAGUGAUCUGCAAGAUCACAACCAGAGGAUGGAUCUGAGUACAAGUAAAAUCUGGCCUCCAGCUUAUUCCUACAUGGAAUAUAGGAGCAAGGGCAUAUGCGUACACAAGGUACCAAACUUGCCAAAGCACUAGUCUCAGAAACAAUUGAUGAAUUUAGUCACAGACUAGUCUGGCGAUGUGAGAACAGCAGGACUGGGCAUGUGGUUGAUGAAACAGCUAUUACUGGAAAUUAGCAUUUAUGGUGUUAGAAUGCAAAGACAGCCUGGUUUGGAAAUCAAUUGGUUUGUUAAUUUGCUCCUAUUUGGGGGAAAGUAAAUCCAUUACUCAGCAGGUGGUCUUGAGAAACUUCAGAUCCUUUGGUGUUCUUGAGAGACAGGUUUCGUUCUGCAUUCUUAAACCGCAGGAAGGAUGAAGAGAUAAAAUAGUCACCUAUCCCCAGUGGUGAGCCCUAGAAGAAGAGUAAGGGAGUGAUUCAGUCUAUUGGGGGAAGGUACGGGCAAAGAUCCUGCUGCGUAAGGGACAGUUAAAUAGGUGCGAUGCUGCUGGCAGCGUGCCUGAUGGGUGCAGGAGAGAAAAGUUCUCUGUUAUUCAGUAUCAUCAAGAAUAACAAAGAAAUUAUGUGUUAUCUUUGUGUGCAGAAGGAUGCUGAUGUAGUGAGAAGUUUUGGAAUCUGUCACUGUAAGGAUCUUACAGAAAACCGUGCCUCUAGGACCUUCCUAUCAGAUCCUUAUUUUUUCAGAUUUAGGGGUUAUUUUCUUCAAAUGGAAGCUUUGACUUUACAGGUAAGCAAAGAGCCAGCCGUCUGCUUUUGGUCAGGAUGACUCGCUUUGUGAGAAACAAGCAGAAGACAAAUCUCAGGAUGCUAGGAGAGCACAGUGCAUCCCUGCCGGCCCGUGGGCUCCUUUUGCCAGAGGCUGCAUCCAAAACAGCAGUUGCCGUGCCACAGGAAGGAGGUUCAGGGCGUCGUAGGGAGGUUCCUUCUCCACUUGUCAGCGUGAAAUACAGAAAGGUCCUACGUCAAACACAACGUGCCCUAAGAGUCCACUGGUGUGUGCUCUUAUAGCUUCAGUCACUCCAGGUUUGGUGUUUACCCAUCAGUGAUUUUACAGAUCUCUGCUGUCGCCGCGGUUGGGAGACAGCGGGCUUAGUGAUUUACGGUUAGGUUUUGAAAAGCCCACCGAAAUCCAACGUGUUGAGCAAAACUGGGCCUAGGGCUAAUGACUAGUCCAAUUUACAGACUCUCAAUUUGUUAAGCAUCAAAAAACCCCCCCCCCAAAGUGUAACAGCAGCAUGGGUUUUAAAACAGGUGCCUUGUUAGCUGGAUCACACUUAACUGAAAGCGCUGCCGUGCUCUGGCUCGUCUAGUGGAACUCAUUAGUGGUGCAUUGAGCUGGAGUAUUCUUCAACCUUCUUUCAUCAAUACUUUGUGACUACGCAAUUCAGUAGGUUACAACUGGCAUGUUGCCCCAGAAAGCUUCCUUUCUGCUGUUUUUUGUCAGUGCAAAAAGAAAUCAUUCUUUGCGGGGAGAGAAGAAUGCUUCAUUUAAUCUGUGCUUUGGCCUAGAUGUUCAACAUCACGUCUGUAAAUCUGUGUACGGAUGCUUAUGGACACAUUGACGUUUUUUGUACUGGCCCAAGGUACAAUAUCCUAUUAAAAUGGUUGUGUAGCCACACAGGAGAGUCUUCAUCGUCCUCUGCCAGCCCCGUGGCUGGUGGGAUCUCCUGGCCUGCACGAAGGCCUUGCCCUGCUCUUCCCCGUCCAGCUCGGUGUAAAGCUGAGCAGGCAGGACCAUUAUACACACACACACACACACACACACACACAACACACACCAACGCACGUUUCCUGACUGAAAGGUUUUGCUUCAAUAAAACUGAAACAGGCGUUCCAGCUCUCAUUUCUAAAAACCUGGGGGAGAUUUAUGUCAAAACUCUGAGCACUCUUUCAAAAGGUGUUCACAAUGGAAAACAGAAAUUAUCCCUUCAGUUUACACAGACGUUUUGAUGGUACUGGACUGUUUCAUUUGUUUUUUACAAGGUACGACUGAAACCUUAACAAAAUAGAUAUCA